AUGGCGGACAUGACCGAGAGGCUGGCGGUGGCCCGCAAGAAGGCGGAGGCGCUCAAGUCCGAGAUAGCCAAGGCGCAGAACGACAAGAAGGACUGCUCCAUCCAGGAGGCGGCGGCGCAAAUAGACCUAAAAAACCUCGGGCCUGGCCUGAAGGCCCGCCGUGUCCUGAAGGGGCACUUCGGAAAAGUGUAUGCCAUGCACUGGUCGGGGGAUAACCAGAACCUGGUUUCGGCUUCGCAGGACGGAAAGCUGAUCAUCUGGAAUGGCUACACAACAAACAAAGUCCAGGCGAUUCCGCUUCGUUCUUCGUGGGUGAUGACGUGCGCCUUCGAGCCGACGCAGGGCCGAUUCGUAGCGUGCGGGGGGCUGGACAACUUGUGCUCGAUCUACGAGCUCGGACAAUCGACCGUGAUGAGGGCCACGAGAGAGCUGGCCGCUCACGACGGCUACCUGUCCUGCUGCCGCUUCGUCAACCAGGAGUCUAUCCUUACCUCCUCCGGAGACAGCACUUGCAUCAUCUGGGACGUGGAGAUGGGGGUAACGACGGCGCAUUUCACAGACCACGGUGGUGACGUCAUGUCCGUCUCGAUCCUGCCGUCCGUAGACAAAAACGUCUUCGUCUCGGGAUCGUGCGACUCGCUCGCUAAGGUGUGGGAUAUCCGCGAGGGCAAGUGCGUCCAGACUUUCCAGGGGCACGAGUCGGACAUCAACUCGGUCAUGUUCUUCCCAGACGGCAAGGCAUUCGGCACCGGCUCGGAUGACUCUAGCUGCCGGUUGUUCGACAUGCGGUGCUACGGAGAGGCCAACUACUUCGGGAAUGACAAGAUCCUGUGCGGCAUCACGUCCGUGGCCUUCUCGCGGAGUGGUCGGCUCUUGUUCGCGGGCUACGACGAUUACAACUGUUACGUCUGGGACGUGACGAACAGCACGGGCAUCCCGGCCUACCAGCUUGCAGGGCACGAGAACCGCGUCUCGUGCUUGGGAGUCAACCCCAAGGGAGAGGCGCUCUGCACCGGCUCGUGGGACACGCUUCUCAAGAUCUGGGCGUGA